AUGAGAAGUACAUUGUUCGAGGUGCAGCGAAACAUAAAUGGGAAUCGGAAUUUAGGUUUCGACACGGGACAGGAUUUGAGAACGACAAGAUCAACACCGACAGACCAGUUUCCAUACGACGUCUUGAAAACCUAUUCCUGGCUUUCGAGAGCUAUUCCAUCUACUUCGGUUUGCUUGAAUUAUCCUCUCAGGGUUUGCUGACGCGCAAGUUGAUGUCUGGUGUCACAACAACUUGCGUUUGUCCGAUUAUGCUUGUGUGUACUUUAAUGAAGGACCUUUGUAUGUUCAUCUAUGACGGACUUGCCACUACCGCUAUUUCAAGUGACCAACCAGGCUAUACGACACAGCUCACGGUAUGGCUGAGCAAAACUCCCGGAAGCGCGCUCGCGUCGAUGGCACACCACCUCCUGCUGGGCUUUAUCCUGAUCAUCAAGGUCGUCCUGGCAUUCCAAACGACGCCUCGUCAGAAUUGCUUGGACCUCCUCCAGCAUACAGCCCUGCGCCUGAUUAUCGGUCUACGGCACCUUCGACUCCUCUUGUCCGGCCUUUCCAUCGAACUGAACCUUCACAAGCAUCUGCUGCUGGCUCACCUACAGGUCUCCAAGAUCAUGGAUACCAGAAUCCAAUCGAAGCAUAUUCACGGAGACCGCCAGAAAAUUCUCCUCCUGAUCAUCAUCGGCCGCGAUCAUCCCAUCAGGAUGCACAAAUACCUCGUAGGCUUCGACCUCACCAAAGUCCUGUAAUACCACCUCAGCAACAGUCUGCCCCUCCAUCUGGGCCUCAGGAAAGACCAGCUCCAAGCUUGGACGAUAAUAAUGUUGGGUGCAGUCGAAUGGAAAGGUCAACAGGUUGCAUCAACUCAAGCAGACUCACCAACUGCACAGGCUGCGUCAACUCCAGUCGGCUCGAUGACUGUACUGAUUGCGUCAAUUCUAGUCGUUGUACUAACUCUACGGAUUUGGUGGACUGCUCGAGAUGCAAUGAUUGUCGGUCAUGUGUUGGUUGCUCUAACUGUAGUGGUCUUGUCGACGAAAUCGGAGUUCGUAACAAACACGCCUGAUCCUGAGAUACUCCGCAUUCCCGCGAUCUUUGUUCGAAGAAUUCCAAAACGAUAGACAGCGGGCCUAAUGGCGUCAUCUAGAUGCGCCACCAAAGGAAUAUCUGUUAUACCUUCGAGCCACAAUGUGUAAUUAGUUCAGGCGCUAGGGCCUAAACAAUCUUAACAAGUUUCCAAUCGGUAAAUCAUAUAUCAGGUUGAUGUUGAAGGGC